UUCUUGUACUAACAUUGAAGAUGGUGAAACAAUGGAGUUGGUUGCUAAUUUUCUUGACCUCUCUAAUCCUAUUUUGGAACAUCCCUGCUGAGCACUUAGCAUUGAAGUGGGCGAUUCCCAAACAAUUUCCAUAUCAAGUAUUUUAUUCGAUAGCCAAUUAUUCGCAAACCGAUCAACAAUGGAGUCCUCAGUGUAGCGGCACAAUCUUCGCAAAAAAUGGAAUUGGGACAGCAGCUUCUUGUCUGGACACCAAGUUCGACUUGAUACGCAUUUACUUUGGCGCCGUCAAUAUUUCAAAUCCAUGCGAAAUAGGACAAACUCAAGUUACCCUAAAUCGAAGCGAAAUUGGUUUUGUGCGGUAUGCAGAUUAUAAUCCUGUUACCUUAGAGAACAAUAUAGGGAUCAUUGUACUACCCUAUGAUCUGGAAUUCAAUGAGUAUGUUCAAGCAGCUUUACUACCACGCAAAUCCGAUAUUAGUUCCUACGCUGGCCAAAAUAUGAUCAUAUCUGGAUGGCAUAAAAGUUAUAAGAACUCGGCGGACAUUGUUUUAGGAUUUGUGGAAACGAAGGUAACAAAAUUCGGUAAAGAUUUGUCUAUUUUGCGUUAUAAAAAAGAACUCGCGGACGUGGCAAAUGUUGGAAGUCCCAUCGUUAUACACAAUGCAAAUGAAUCGCAAAAUAUUGUCGUGGGAAUGUUCGCUGCAUCCAAAGCACAUCUAAAACAUAUGAAACGUGGUUUCUUUGUCAAUUUAUAUCAAUAUAUUAAAUGGAUUUUAGAUUUGAUCAAAGGAAAAAUCAAUGCGAUCGGAUAGAUUAUGGAAACUGGGUUAAAUUUCAAGUACUUGAAGAACACAACGCUAUAAAUU